AUGAGCUCGCCCGAGUCUUAUGAGUACCUCCUGCCACCGAGCUGGAAACCCCAGGUGACAGCCUGGCUGGCAGAAGACACGCCGUCGUUCGACUACGGUGGGUUCGUCGUCGGCGAAGCGCACCGCGAGGCCUUUCUACUUGGAAAGGGCAAGCAGACUGCGGUCCUUGCAGGUGCCCCGUUCUUUACGGAAGUAUUCACCCAGCUGGGAUGCGAGGUUGAAUGGCACAUGCGAGAUGGCGAGACGUUCGAGCCUGUCAAGCACGUCGCAACUGUCCGUGGCAAAGCACGGCAUAUCCUCCUGGGCGAACGUGUUGCAUUGAAUUUACUUGCGCGGUGUAGCGGGAUUGCGACAAAGUCGAAAACAAUCAAAGAUCUCGCGCGAGGGUAUGGGUACAAGGGAAUCAUUGCUGGGACGCGGAAGACCACGCCUGGGUUCAGGCUCGUGGAGAAGUACGGGAUGCUCGUCGGGGGCAUCGACCCUCAUCGGCAUGACCUCUCGAGCAUGAUUAUGCUGAAGGAUAAUCACAUUUGGUCUUCAGGAUCCAUCACUACUGCCAUUCAGCAAGCGCGCAAGGUCGGCGGGUUCAGCCUGCGGCUAGAGGUGGAGGUCGGCUCAGAAGCAGAGGCAGACGAAGCUAUCGAUGCCGGCGCGGACAUUAUCAUGCUAGACAAUAUGGAGGGCGACCAGCUCGUGAGCGUCGCUCGCGAACUGCGGGAGAAGUGGAGUGGCAAGCGUAAAUUCCUCUUUGAAAGCAGUGGAAACAUCACCGAGACGAACCUGCAGGAGAGAGCCAUCAAUGAAAUCGAUAUCCUGAGCACCAGCGUCGUGCACCAAUCUGUCCAGCACAUUGAUUUCAGCUUGAAAAUUCAGAUUUGA